AUAUGCAAUUAUGUUCUAGUUGGAAUUUGGAUUAUAAAUGAAACCCUAAGUGUCAAAAAUAAGAAAUCUGGUUUGAGACCAUUGGCUCAAAAACUUCAAACUGUGACUUUGGCAAUAAAAAAUCAUCUUAUAUGUUUAAAAGAUCAAUUGACACGUUUAAAAGAUCUUUUUAAGGAUGAUGUUGAAAAUAGCGACACAAUUUUGCUUUGCAUUAAGUCUGAACCACAUGUUGAAUUUUGUAAUGAUGAGGAAAAUAUACCAUUUAUUAAAGUAAUUUUGGAUAAGAUCAAAACGAAUUGGAAAAAUAGCAUCCUGAACUUGAUUAAAGAAAUAGAGAGCAAAAUUGAAUCAAUUUAA